UGAAAGCUCCGUCCACAGCGCCAGCCUCGGGCGUUUUGAAGAUGCUCGUCGGAUCCACCCCCUACACCGACGUGUUUAAAGCUAGUUUGGAAGCAUCAAAUGCACAACCUCCCUCUCUUGUAUAAAUCCAACGAAGCCCAUCGUCGUCAUCACCAUCGUCAAGGAAAGAGACAUGAGGCCUGAUAUGGAGGAAAUGAAGAGAAGGAUGGCGGGGAUCGGAUUCCGCCGCUCCAUCUCCUUCUCAGCCGUACCCCACCCCUUCAGCCAACCCUGCCACCGCUCCGCCCGAGGCGCUGCGGAGCUCUCCUUCAGAGCACGCUCCGUCAGCCUGCCCGCUCGCCUCCACCCCCUCGCCGACCACCUCCGCCCCGAACUCUGCGCCCUCCGCUCCUGGUGCCCGUCCCCUUCUCCCGCCUCGCUCUCAGACGGACUCGUGCGCGUCCAGCUCCUCCUCGCAGCCCUCCCCGACCUCCUCGGCCUUCCCCAGGCUCAGGACCCACUCCGACGCCGCCGCCGCUACUCUCGGCUAGCUGACCGCCUCCUCGACGACCUGCUCCGCCUCGCCGAUGCCCACGCCUCCUUCCGCUCCGCCGCUCUCGACCUGAAGCACCGCCUCUCUGCCACCCGCGCCGCCCUCCGCCGCCGAAACGACGGGCUUCGUCUCUCCUCCUGCCUCCGCUCGCAGCGCCGGGUUGAGAAAGAGCUAUUCAAGCUGGCUUCCUUAAUUCGCGUCGUCGGACGGUCGCCGCCGCUGUUCACGGGCUCGGCAGACGAAGAGGAGGCGGAGCUGGCCAAAGUAAUGAAAGAGGUGAUCACAGUAACGGCUGCAACCUCGGCAGCGGUCUUCAAUGGAGUCGCAGCUCUAUCGGCCUCCACGACGAUGGCUACACCUGCUUUGCCGCCGACAUGCACGUGGGUGGCUGCAGUGAUGAGGUGGAGAGAGAGGGCGAGGUUGAAGCUGUUGAAGAAGGGAGGAGGGACAGAGAAGUGCAAGGAGGUGGAGGUGGAGGUGGACGAGGAGGACGAGGAGGAGGAGAUGGGGGCGUUGGAAAGGUUGGUGGAAUUGGAGGAUUGCAUGGCAGAGAUGGAGAAGGGUAGCGAGCUGGUGUUUAGGACUCUCGUCAACACCCGUGUUUCCCUCCUCAACAUUCUCACUCCCGGCUUCUAACUACUGUACUACUACUUCCAUUUAUAGCGUAUAUACAUCAUCGACACAUUAUGGUUCAAACGUGAAAUAAGAGAUAAUACAAUUUUUUGUUCAUUUAUAUUGUUGGGAGGUACAUGAAUGAGAUACUAUUACUCUCUUUAUGUACAUGCAUGAACUUAUUUUCUUUUCGUUUUGGCUCAUUUAUGUGUCUUCUCUGAUUUCUUGGCAACCAUUCCCUCCUGAAGUUAGCAAAGAGAUCAUAUUGUUCAUCACC